GUUACAACAUCAACCAGCGCCUUUGUUGUCAGACUAGUCUAGCAAACGUCUUCGAAAUAGCAAAACACUGAUCAUUUUAUAGAAAGAAAACAUCCUCCAAUUCUCCACAAUGAUUAUUUUUAUAUUUUGACGGUACUCGUUCAUCCCGAGGGUGGGAUUAGUUCGGUUUUGAGUCGGAAGAAGACAGUGUUAUUAAGGAGGAAGCUCGAAAAGAGGAGAGAUGUCAUCUGCAGCAGAGACGGUGGAAAAUGCCUCCAUCAUUUCAGAGAGUGUGGCUCAUGAGGGGAACCGCUUGUGGAUAGGCAACAUCGAUCCCAAAAUUACAGAGUACCACCUUGUGAAGUUGUUGGAGAAGUUUGGUAAGGUCAAACAGUUUGACUUCCUGUUCCACAAGUCUGGGCCUUUAGAGGGACAGCCACGAGGCUACUGCUUUGUCAACUUCAGCACCAGAGAGGAGGCAGAGCGGGCGAUCCAGUGUUUAAAUGGGAAGCUAGCCUUGUCUAAGAAGCUGGUUGUGCGAUGGGCGCACGCACAGGUGAGGAGGUUCGAAGGUUUCCGAAAUGACAAGACGAUGCCUUCGAGCCUGGAACCAUCAUCCAGCGGUGCAUCAGAAGACGGCGCCAUAACAACCAACCACCUCAGUACGAGUGCUAAGAUCCGUGCCAUUGAGGCCAAGCUCCAGAUGAUGGAGGAGAAUCCUGAUGAUGACUACUCAGGCCCGUCGGCGUACGUUUACAACAAACCGCCAGAGAGGAAACGCUGGGAGCCCUACUCUAAAUCACACCACAAUAACCAGAGCAGGCCCUUCCGCAAGUUUAGAAGAUGACCCAUCCUCCUACUCUUAAUAGAGACCCCCUCCCCCUGCACUGCUCCACAGCCACAACCCACACACUCGCACACAAACAGACUAUUUUCCAGAUAUAAUAUGGAAAGAAAUGAGUUGAAGAACCUGUUUAAGUGCACCCAGACUCUUUGGGAGUAAUCACAGCAAUCAUGGACAAAUGCCUUUUUUGGUUCCAGGUUUAUUAUUAGUUAUUUUGUCUAGAAUAUGUCCUGUACCUGACGCCUGUGUCUCAGUCUGCUUUCUCACUGUUGCAGACAUUCAACACAGGUGGAUCAUACAGCUGUGAGUCACAUGAUGCAAAGCUACCGUGAAGACAAAUGUUAUUUUUAAGGAGCCGAAAUGCUAAUAUUGUAUACUUUUUGACAUGUUUUUCUACUUUCAGAUCAUAUUAUUUAAAAGCGAAAUACUUUUGGAAUUUUAAAAGGCCUUUCUCUGCAGCGUUGUUUUCAUUCAAGACUUUGCUGAAGAUUGAGGAAAAAAGAUUUAGAAUAUUUCUGAAUGAAUGAGUGAAACAUUAGGACACAAGCCUCUCAGUGGUAUUUACUGUCAUUUGCAGUAUUUUGUGUUAUCUUGUAUCAGGUUUUUUUUUUUUUUUUUUGAGUCAAUUUUUAUACAGCUGUAGUCCUACUCUUUUACUGACUCUUGUGUGGUGUGUUUUGCCGUUUCCUUUUUCCACAUUGUCUUUAAUUUGUUUUAUUUUGAAUUAAAACAAAUUAUAUCACAUCCACACUGUGGUGUUUUAUGCAAUUUUGUAAAUUGUAUCUAUAUGUUGGUGUUUUUGAGCUGUCAAACUGGAUUUAUAUAUGAAAUGUAUCGUCGUGAUUAACAUCUAAAUACAUUUUGGUUUUGAUUAGUGAAUAUAGUGGUAAACCAUAUACAUUUUAUUAAUGUCAGAUCUAUAUUUAAUUGAAAACUUUAUACAAAUCAAUGCUAUAAAAAAAGGAUUUAAAUGUGUUGCCAAACCAUUGUCAUGUUGAAAUCCUGUUGUUUUUAGGAAUAUUUUUAAUUUGUAUUUUUAAAAACUAAAUUAUAAAGAUUGUUUUCAUCAUAAUAUUCUGACAAUAGUGGAGCACAACACUUGUCAAGCUGAUUUAAGUUUUUUUUUUUUUGUAGCUGGUGUGCGUUGUAAAUUUGUAAAACCACAUUCAAGUCAAAACCAGAAAAUAUGUCGUCGAGAUAAAGUCUUAAAUUCUCAGGAUGAGCAUCUACGGAGCAGAAUAAGAGAUUAAAGAAAAUAACUACAGCCUGGAUACACAAUAAUUGGACCAGAUUAACGAUCUUACAGUAAGGUUUUCUGUGUGUGGGGGAAUAAAACCCAACCUUUUUACAGUAUUCGGCCUUUUUUCAGCUUCUUUCGAUUGCGUUUUAAUGGUCAGUAGUUGAGAUGAACCUCUGUCAUAGCGGCUUCUGCUCAUUCUGCCUGUUUAUCUGUUAAAUUAAAGCCGUGGUUGCAUUUUGACCGUUUCUCCUCUAUGAUGAUGAAUAGACUUUUGUAAGUCGUGGUUUAUUUUGACGGGAUCAUUUGUGGACCACAGGUUUACAGAUCGGACACGGACACACUAAUGAUUGACACAUCGAUCUGAUCUGGUUUGGCCUCUAACACGUCCUGUAAUUAUGAACCCUAAUUUUCUAUAAACGCCCUUCCCUUUGCAUUUG